AUGGAAAUUGAUAGCCUAACUGGAAAUGACGGAUAUUUGCUAUUCAUAAUCCAAAAUAAGAACACUACGCAUCCCAAGACAUUUUCUCUUGGUGCAUGCAUGAACAUUGGUUUUCUUGAUAAUUUGUAUGAUAAUACCAUAACACCUUUUGAUAGCAAACCUGAAUCGGGAACAAUAUCUCCAGGAAUAUACAAUUAUUAUAUCGAUUCUAAUUUAGAGCCAUAUCGACAAUUAGCCGAAUCGAAUGGUCAUAAAGAUUAUAUGAAAAUGGUUUUUGAUCAUUUACCUUGGUCAAAAAGCUUCACAGAUAAGAGAUACAUAAAACCAGAUAGAUUUUGGUACGGAAAUUAUAGAGAUGGAUACAAUGACUUUUUCCAACAGAUGCCAGAUGACAAAAAAAUUCAAGUAAAAGAUAGCAAAACAGUUGAUGUAGGCACUGGUUUUUCAUGUAACAAUAUUGAGAUACCAGCCGACGGAACAAAAAUCCUUGCCACACACAUUUAUGCGAUCAUGGAGAAACCGCUUGACAUCAUGGCAGAAAAACAACUUGUUACUCAUAAAGUCGGUGAAAAAAUUAAUAUUACAGUAUGGAUGAGACUUACAGAUAAUUCAAAGAGGUAUGACUUUGGAUGUAUUAAUACAAAUGAUGAAAAUGACAAAGUAUAUUUAACAAAUAAGCAAAUUAAUUGGAGAAACGAUCGUGCUACGCUCUCACUGCCUCAAAAGAGUGAAGCAGGAGAUUAUUAUUAUAAAUGCUAUAUUCAAGAGCAUGACAAACCUGACACUAGAUCAAACGAAAUUACAGUCCAUGCUACAGUUUCACAGCCUCCAGAUCUUGUUUUUAAUUCAGAAGGCAAUCCUCAACAAGACGCAACAUUUAAUCAAACCGAUAAUAUAAAUCUGAAAUAUACUCUUACAGCAUAUGGCAAUGUAACAGUAUAUGCAGAUUGUUAUAAGAAAAAUGCUGAAUAUAAGAUUGAUUCUGUUUCGAAAUUUAUUCAAACACAAUCAACUAAUAGAAUCUCUAUUAAAGAUACAAUAUCUUUCCCAGUUUCUAAAAUCCAAUCAUCUGGACAGUAUACUCUUCGAGUCUAUGCCAAAAACAGUAUGGAGAAUCCCUCGGCGAUAUACAGUUACAACUUCAUUAUGGAUUGGACUACAUAUGUCUCCAAUAUUGAAAUUUCUCCAACAAAACUUGCCCCAGGUGAAUCAUUUACAAUCACUGGUCAGUUCAAAGAUCAAGAUCAAGCUCAAAAGAUUACAUUCUAUACAACAGUUGGACAGCAAUUCCAUUCAGAUGAAUAUACUCAAACAGGAAGUUCUCAAACCUUUACAAUCAAUGCUAAAGUACCAGAAAACUUCAACACAGAAGGUAAUCAGCAGUUUGAGUUAAAUGCAAAAGAUAGGGCAGAUAAUUAUGUCUACAGAGGUCAUUAUAACUUAUCAAUCAAUAAGAAACCAGUUCUCACUCUCAAACCAUUAAAGCUCUCAUCAACUGAAGUAACAGAAUACUCAAGUGACGAAUUGCUCCAAUUAAAUGUAACAGUUAGUGAUUUCGGACAAGGUAAGAUCAACUCCUAUAUUCCUGGUACAUCCGUCUCAGGAUACAUUGGAUACAAUCCAACAGCAGGUUCAACACAAGCAAUUACUCUUGCAGUAAAUCUUAACGAUGUUCCAUAUAGAGCAGCAGCUUACACAAUAUUUGUUAAGGCUCAAGAUGAUUAUGGAUUGCCUUCUAAUGAAGAAACGCACCAAUUUAUAAUUCGCAAUAAACCAAAUAUUGUCAGGAUUGAAAACUUCCCAGAACGUGUUAAACCAAAAGACGAUAUUCAAUUCAAAGUAGUCUUCACUGAUAAAGAUGCAGAGAAGGAAUUAUUCUUAAUGGCACAAAUUGAUGGUCAAAGAAUUCAAAGAAUCAGUUCCGAAGAGAUUAAAGCUCCAGGACCAGGCGUUGAAUCUACUGCCAACAUUAACUAUUACCAAAAACUCUCAUCAGGAACACACACAAUUGUUUUCUUCCUUUCAUCAAGCCAAAAUCAAGAUUCAGGAUUAUCUCCAUCUGCAAAUUCAAACAAUAUCACAAAGACACUCCAUGUUUCAAAGGCACCAGAAUUCAAGAUCCUAAACACAGGUGCAAUUUAUGCUGGAGCUGGCGAGAGAAUAGAGAUCAAGCUCAGUAUUAAUGAUGAUGGCCAAGGUAAGAUCGGAUAUGAUCUUGAUGGAAGAACAGAUUUCGAUACAGCUGGUUUGAAGACAACUUAUACCUCAAACAAAGACUGGACUUUAGUACCUGAAAACUUCUUUACAGUCCCACAAUGGUGUGAAUAUAAUAACGGCAAUCCUCACGUUAUUAACAUCAAUGUCAAAGAUUCAUAUGAUAUGCCAGCAGAACAGAACCCACAAAAAUUGAGUUUCAGAGUAAUUAAUACACCAAAUCUUGUUGAUAUUAAUUCGAAUGUUACAAAACUCAAAAGUGAUACUGCAGAAUUAAGAACAGUUCGUCUCACAGCCAGAUUCAAAGAUUUGGAUAAAGGAAAGGAACUUUAUUUCUUUGUCAAAGAAGGCAAAGAAACAGAAGAUCGAUUCGUUCAACCAGCACAUCACAUGCAAUCUGCAGGAGGUCCAGACUAUCAAACAGUUUCAUUUGAUUAUGAAAUUCAAACAACAGUAUCAAAUGAGAAUCUCAAGUUAGUCGCCUGGAUCGAUGAUGAUAAUGAUCCAGCAUCAGGCCAUGCUAAUGGUGUAUCAAACAAGCAGAGUGCUACAGUUAGCAUCUCUGAAUCACCAAGCAUCGAAUCAGCUUGCCCAACAGGUGAAUUUGGUUAUAAUGACAAAUUCAAUAUUAACUAUGUUGUUAGAGAUGAUGGAUCCGGUGGUGUUAGAUUCUGGUUGGAUGACGAGAAGAUUGGAGAAGAUAUUCCAUACUCAACAGAUGCCACAACCAAAUUAUCCAAAUCUUAUAAUUAUGAGAUACAAAUUACAAAGCAUAUGACAUUAGGUGAACAUAAUAUUUCAUACUAUCCAGUUGAUUCCUUCGGCAAUGAAGCACCUCUUUCCAAGAGAAAGAUUUGCCCAUUCAUCUAUAAGUCUAAGCCAAAGCUGAAAAAUGUUAUGUUGAAUGCCACACAAAUUGAUGAUGAUGAAAUCGUCAUUGUCAAUGGUACAUUGGAAGACUAUGAUAAUUCAAAGAAACUUUACAUUUAUCAGCAAAUCGAUACUCAAACACCAAUCCUUAUUGGUGAGGCUAUUUCGAAUUCUGGAGAACAAUUUUUCCAAUUCCCAUUACAAAAUCUCGUUUCCCAGCCAUCUGGACAUAAGACCAUUUAUAUCUUUGCUGCAGACCAAAAUACUUCAACUACAUUUGAGGGUAAUUCGAAGUCAGAUCCUGUAGGCAUUCCACUUACAUUUGUAAAUGAUCCAAUGUUCACUGUUGAAGUUCCAAACGGACACAUCUACCCAACUGAUGAAGAAUUCCCAAUAAUUGUUAACAUUACAACAGAUCUACCAUGCACUCUAACAAUUAAAAACUAUUAUGACGAAUAUACCUAUAACUUCACGAAACCAACAGUACACAAGCAAAAUAUCUCAAUUAAAGCUUCGUAUACUAAUUAUUUUGUAUUCACCCUCACAGGACCAAACUUUACAAAACCAUUAACACAUCGUGAAACUUUUAUUAUCAAGACUCAUCUUGAAAUUAGAUCAGUUAAACCUGAACACGCAGCAGCAACAAAAGAGGGAGUAACAUUCACUUUUGAUGUUGCCUACAGUGGAUGGAGUGUUUACUCUCUGUACUACGUUGCAUGUUACACAUAUAAUAAUAAGGAAUAUAUUAAUGUUCAGAAGAGGGCUGUUGAUUGGUAUACUAAUGAGUAUGAUGUCACAUUCCCAAUUGAUAUUGGUACAGAAAAGGAAGUCACCGUCACAUUAUGGGUUUAG